UGCACCUCUUGUGCCUCUCUACUACUGCUCACUACCGUACUGGCACACUGGCAAUGCGCUGCGCACUUGCUUUGGCUUUGGCUUUGUUGACCUGACCGUCCAAGUCUCAUGUCUGUCCAAGCAGUCAGUCACUCGGCCUCUAUUCUCAAUACUCGCAUCCCCCAAACAGCCCUGACUCGUCAACUCUGUUCGCUACCCUACCUCUCUGACCCUGUGGCCCUCUUCGAGCCUUGAAGCAAACCCUACCCACUCGAUUCCACCCUCAGCCAACCUCGUUCAAGUCUUGACCACGCAUCUCCACGCAGCUGCUACCUGGGACAAUCAAGUCGCCUGACCCGUGCAAAUUCUGUCCUCUACACCUUCCUUCCACCCUACUAUAGUCGUCCAAGGCCACUUCGACCAUCUGUCGACACACAUAUAAACCUCAGCCUCUAACAUCUUCGUCUGUUCGUUGGCCUGGACGCUUCUAUCGCACACCAGAACCCAACUACGUCACUAGCCAGACCUCCAUCCCACCUUCUUCCACUACGAACCCUCCGCGGCUUCCCACAUUCACGACAUCAACGACUCGCUCUGCCGCAAAACCACCGCACCGGUCUGCAAUAGAUCCUCCAUUCACGCCUUCGCUCGUCAUCGUCGUUCAAUAUCACAGCCGGCCAUGCACCCCCGCUAGUCUUGAUCAAACAUAACACCGUACAAAUCGCAACACCUGCUUCCCCAUAGCCGACCAACCAUGAUCAUAAAGUCUCUAUGACUGCUCUGGCAUUAUCCCCAAGGUCGCGCCAGAGCAUAUCUUUAAUAGUGUCGGCUCCAAACCGGCACGGUGGGGAGCACCGGACUGAUCACCAUGAAGCCUUCCAACCCAGGUCGCAGUGGCCACCCACACCGUGACCGGCCGUCCCCAUCUGUCGAUCCGCAGAACCUCUCCACGCCUUCGACAAAGACAAGAGUUGGGCAAGACGACCCUGCCGCCGAAAACAAAGGAAUCCGUGUCCCAGCCUUGUCGUCUACUCGCCUCUUCCACCCUCAAGUAUCCAACCUGAAGCCCCGUGAUGCCACUCAGCUCGAGGUUAUGAGACGAAACAUGGGAAUUGCAAUGACAAAGGUCCAGCAGAAAAAGGCCACCCACUCAAGUUCUUCCGCCGAAACAUUCAAACCUGAUGAAAACCUCGACCCUGACGUGUCGCUCAGUCAGAUUGAAUCGAGUUCAGAUGAGUCCGUCAACACAGCCGCAUUGUCGACCGAUUCCGCCCGCACCAUCAAAGCCUCAUUCGACCUCACUCCUGGCGCCGUGAGGACUCCAUCCUACCCCUUUCCUCGCAUGAAUUUCCAUCUCAAUCGUGGUCUCAGCCAUCGAUCCGGGCCUUCGCACAAGCCUUUCACCCUCUUGUCCCCAACUAAUGAGCCUGUCGGCACCCAUUCCACAUUACCUGCCUCUCAACAUGAUUCUCAAAAUACCUCGUCUGAAACCACAACACCGGUUGGUCAAACUCCCAUCAGCCAAGUCUAUCCCGAAGACCCAAACUUUCCGGCCCCCGACAUCUAUGAUCUGAUCCUGAUGCUCAAUGCUGAACCUGGCCUUGACAUGUGGUGGGCCAACGUGACCGAAAUUCUCUCAGAGGCCUACGGCGCCGAGCGGGUCUCGUUAGCUAUUCCUGGUGAUAUGACUGACCUCGAGAAUGUUCCAUGGGGCCAAAGGGCUACAUUCAACAUCUACGGCUCAGAACCAUCUAACCCCUCGCACCUGGACUCGAUGACGAACUCUGAAAGUGAUGUGAGAUCUCCAGGAGGUCUUGCCGAGGUAGCUAGGCCUGGCCUAGACUCUUUCAACUCCCGUCGUCCCCCGCUCGUCACUCGACACUCCAUCGCAGGUCCGGUUCCCGACGAUGUAGCACGAUCCCUUCGCCAACGCCCACCCGGUCCUAUUCGUGCUUCCAGUACCAUUUCUGGUCAGACAGAAGAGCAACCCGUCACAUCUCCCGUACUCCCGCGACUGACCAGGCAAACCCCCACUCCAAGGGCUCUUUCAGAAGAGUCCCAGCCGCCACCAUCAGACUAUCCUUAUAAUACAUCAGGAUCUAGCAGUUCCGCAUUACGAUGCCAUGUCCACCGCUCAAUCCAGCCACUCGAAGCCGAGAAAGACCCUUUACUUGUCCGGACAGGCGUGGUCUCACUAUUCGGCAAGCGAAAACCAGUGGUUCUGACUCGAGCGUACACCGAACAAGCUCCUCGCCUCUCUGGAAGAAGUGCCCCGAGCACCCCUUCCGAGCUUAGCGACAGCCGCGGAUCCUUGAGACAAGAUGACCAACAACGGUCGUUCAAGCCAUUCGAUGAGUUUGAACAGCCAGAGCCAUCACCAUGGUCUCAAAGCCCUUCCCCUUCGCCCGCCGCACGUCCAGACCCGGCCGAAUCGCCCUUUUUUGUACAGCCUUCGGCUUCCAUCGACGAAACUGCAUUUGAACAAAAUCCUCCACCCUACGACUACGCAAGUACGGCAAACCAGUCUCUUGGUGCCAUUGGCGCGGACAUGUCCAAAACACUCAUCCAUAUUCCCCUGAUCCAACCUCUUCUAGCUCGCGGAACCAUGGCAUCCAGUUUGCGGUUCCCAAUCGCCAUCCUGUCGUGCCUCUCGCCACUGAAUCCUUAUCCUCGAAGUCUACGCCACUCUCUAGAAGGUCUACUGCCCCACCUUGCGAGCUCCUUCUCUCUAGCUCAGCAGUACACUAAUCUUCAAGAGCGUGCACGUGGCGGUCCGGGUGCUCGACAUGGUGCUGCUUUUGGUCUUGGCGGCACCUUUUCGGAUGAAGGCUCCGAACUCGAAUUAAUGGCUGAAUUGAGCGGCCAGGUCGCGCAAGACAAGGAAAAGAGCAGGGACUACAGCAUAAGCCCUGGGGUCUUCAAGGAGAGUCCAUCAAGCUCUGCUGCGAGCACCCCACUCCUGGAACAUUUCGGCUUCACUCAUGGCCGAUCGCCGACGCCCGGCAGAAUGCCAUCAGACAUGGUUGACAGCUACUUCACAGCAAGAAGACAGCGAGCCGGGCAGCACCCAGUUACACCGGGUCAGCGCUCCGCGAAGGAAGAUUCGGAAGCCCCGAAACGACAGACAGAAAAGGCUGGCUCCGUGCCCAAGUCUACUCGAAAAACUCCUGUUAGACAGCAGGGCGAAGUCCAAAGCCCACCUCCUGGGAGAGCGAACAGUACUUCCGAAAGCGAAUUUGGUGAUCGUAGCUGGGCAAGCGCGUACGGUCGGCUCGGCUCGAUAUCCGAUAAAGACCCAUCUCAUCGCGGCAGUGUGACCAGAGAUUAUGGUGAAAAGCCAUUACCUGAGUUGAUCUCAUCUCUCAUGCUCAACGCUGUCCCGCUGCAGCUUUUUCUCGCCAAACCCGGUACAGGUGACUUGGCCUGGACAAAUCGAAAGUUCGACGCAUUCAGGAGCCAGGGGGAGGGACGGGUUCGAGAUCCUUGGAAAAACGUGCAUUCCGCUGAUCGCAACGGUUUAGUGAAGAUGUGGAACGAGGCCUUGAAGACUGGGAGCCAGUUCACGCAUUACAUUCGGGUCAAAAGAUUCAACAGUGACAGCGACUUCAGAUGGUUCGUCUUCAGAGCAAGUACACUUUUGAGCAACAAUGGCGAGCUGCUGUACUGGAUUGGCUCCUUUUUGGACGUCCAUGAGCAAUACAUGAAGAACCUCGAAGCGAGUGAAAGAGAAGCAACUAUGGCUCGUGAUAAUAAGAUCCGGGCCUUGGCCGAUGCAAUUCCUCAGAUCAUCUUCGAGGCUGUGGAGGGUGAUGGUAUUGUGGCUGUCAAUCAACAAUGGCAUUCGUUUUCUGGUCAGACUUUGGCCGAGGCUCGCGGUCUUGGUUUUGCGAAGCAUGUUCAUCGCGACGACUUGCACAAGUGUGGGAUUUUAUCUCCUACAGAGGUUGCUGCGAUCACACGAUCCCUCUCGCCUCGCACCGAUGGCUUGGGCGAGGCAGACAAGACCCCGGCGCCACCAAUGCCCAUACACAAAAAUCUAUUCGCACCGGAUCAGCUCUCACUGGAUCGCAUGAUCGCCCAGGAUUCUGUUGCAGUGGAAGAGGACGAAAACGGAAGACUUUCAUAUCUCACAGAGAUCAGACUUCGUUCAAAGGGUAGCGAGUAUCGCUGGUUCCUCGUCCGAUUGGUUAGAGUUGAGACAGGCAUGCUCGAAAGUAGUGGUCGUGCUUCGUGGUAUGGGACUUGUACCGACAUUGAGACUCGGAAGAGGCUCGAAGAAGAAUUAAACGAGGCAAACUCCAAGGUCCACUCUGAAAUGGAGUCAAAGACAAAGUUCUUUGCCAACAUGUCGCACGAGAUCCGCACACCUCUGAACGGCAUUCUCGGCAGCAUGCCUUGGCUUGUCGACUCUGCCUUGGAUCACGAACAGAGGCGGACCGUUGACACCAUUCAAAACAGCGCCAACAAUUUACGGGAGCUUGUUGAUAACAUCCUGGACGUUACGAAAGUCGAGGCUGGAAAAAUGACUCUUGUUCCCAAAUGGUUUCAGGUUCGGACGCUGUGUGAAGAGGUCAUCGAUACUGUCUCUUCACGCGCCAUCGAAAGGGGUCUCGAACUCAACUAUACUCUUGAGCAGCAUGUGCCUACUACGGUCAAGGGAGACCCUUUCAGAUUGCGUCAGGUCUUGUUAAAUCUUCUCGGGAACUCGGUCAAGUUCACCGAGCAAGGCGAAGUGCUGAUGCGAUGCUUCGUCCGCGACGAUGUGCCUCAAAGUUCCAGUACUCCUACAACACCAGACUCGAUUCUUCUUGCUUUCGAAGUUCUCGAUACUGGUCGUGGUUUCAAUCAGAGUGAUUUUGAACGACUCUUCAAACAGUUUGGUCAGAUUGGCGGAGGUUCAAACCAUGAUGCCGGGUCCGGUCUGGGGCUGUUCUUAUCGAAGCAGUUGGUCGAGAUGCACGAUGGUGAGCUCACCGUCGAUAGUAAGCCUGGGGAGGGGUCUAGUUUCAAGUUCUACAUUAGAGUCGAAACCCAUCCUCCCGGAACUGAAGUGUCAUCGCCGCACGUUACCGCACGGCCUGGAUCAGCACGCACAAAUUCCGGGACAUUGGGUAGUCCUCGCUCAAAAUCCGACUACCGACCGUCGACCAUAAUGUCGCCUCGAAACCCGUCGCUAGUUGAAGGCAUCAUUCAGACGCCUGGUUUGUCAAAGUACGUCAUCUCGCCUGACCAGGGGUCUCCGGCCUUGUCUCCUCCACCUCUCAACCGGUCACCUUUUGUCUCACCGCCCAUUCUUACGUCGGAAAGCUCUGGCGAAUCUGCAAGAUCGAAUUCGGUGGUUGCAGUCGGGCGAUCGUCUGUAUCGUCGCUGAUUCCCACGCCAGAAUCAGCAGCAUCCCGGGGGUCAAUCACCGCAGUCAGUGAGCGGCAAGCCAUCACAGAAAGCUCAUUUGCUUCGACGCCAGUAAUUCGACGGAGUAAAAGCGAGAACAGCAGUAACGACACCAUCACACCGGACAAAGCACAUCCACAGACAUACCAGAUCAUAGUGAUCUGUCCUGCCGAACAUGCUCGGGACGCGAUUGCACAGCAUAUUCAGCAAGUUGUGCCUUAUCAAAUUGCGGUGAACGUGUCUGUAUUGGCGACCAUUGGCGAGUUCUUGGACUUGAUCAAUACACCGAACCCGCCAACAUUUACCCACAUCGUUCUGGAUGUUCCUGCCAGCUCCGACGUGAUGCUGUUUAUGCGACAUUUGCAGCAGUAUCAGGCAUCAAUCGUGCCUGCACUUGUGGUAGUGACUGAUCACUACCAGAAACGCGAUAUCCUCGAGGACUUUACGGCGUUGACAGCGAGCGGUCGUAAAGCGUUCAUGAUUCACAAGCCUGUCAAACCGUCGGUGUUUGCGUUGAUCUUUGAUCCCGCACAGCUACGCAAUCUCAGCAAGGAUCGGGCUCGUGAAGUGGCGCAGUCGAGCUCUGACGAUUUCCGACAGAUUGCUCAAUUGGUCAAAGACUCGAUUGGGGACCGCGGUCACCGGAUCUUAUUGGUUGAGGACAGUGAGGUAAACCGAAUGGUGAUCCAGCGGUAUCUGAAGAAGGUAGCGCUUGACAACGACUCGGCCAAGAACGGGCAAGAAUGCGUUGACAUGGUUCAAAAGAACCCGCCGGGCUACUACUCGCUCAUCAUUUGUGACAUUCAGAUGCCAAUCAAGAAUGGGAAUGAGGCAUGUAUGGAGCUACGAGCCUGGGAAUUGGAACAUGGAUACCAACCAGCACCAAUCAUGGCCCUGACGGCGAAUGCGAUGCCAGAAGAGCGAGCAGCAGCAGCCAAUGCUGGGUUCACCGAUUAUCUGACCAAACCGGUGGACUUCAACGUGCUGGGAAAUAUGAUGAUGACGCUAUUGGAUUCUCGAAUCCCACACGUGUUUCUCCGUGAUAGGCCCCUGGAGGCAUGAAUUGGCAAACAGGGGACUUGAGGAUCAGCAAGCACGACGCGGCCAAUUGGACGGUACUAAACAAGUGCUUGAUGCAUUUGGACGGAAUGAAUGAGAAGAGACCACUGAACCGAGGCGAGUGGCAAGACCGGUUGCGGCCGGGACACACGAACGUUUGGGAAAGCACAUCGGCUUCCUGAAGUUAAUGAACAAGGCAGAUUGGAAGAGUUUGCACCGAACUCCACCGACAACAGCAUGUGGACGCUUUGGCGUCACUUGGGGGUGGACAUUGCAUUUGGGCGUAACGAGAUGUUUGACGGAAGGUUGAUUGCAUUAAUGUCGAGCAGCACGCUUGACCAAAUCUCGGGCUGUGGUGAUGAUCAUGAAACGGGCGAAGCGACAACCUCAGUUCGCAUUGCAUUGGGCCUGCACAGGGCAUUCAUUUUUGGGAAGGGACCCAGACUCACAGGUCUGUAAAAGCAGGUUUCGGCACCACGAUGAGACAAGAUAUGAUUAGAUGGAUGGGCCACUUGAUGAGGAGGAGUUGGCUGGUGUUUGUGGAUGAAUACUAAUUAAUGGUUUGGGGAAGGGCGAUGGUUCACCAAGAUACUGUAGAAAGCCCUAAGUUUACGGUUCGACGGUCCGAAAGGAUGUUUUAUUCAAGGUCGUUGGCCCGACGGACAGACAAUCGCAAGCAAGCGGUUGAGGGAAAUGGCGGUGACUGGAUGUGGAAAUGGGAUGCACAAGAACAAGGCUGCCUGGAGCCUGGAGCUUGGAGCCUGGCACUGUGUAAAUAUUGAACCUCCGGCCACCAAGUAAUAAUGAUUGGAAUAAACAACGACAAUGUCGAGCAGUUUCUGCCU